GCGUUCAAAGCUAUGCGGAGCUUCACGACCAAACUGGAAACCGUUUCCAAGGACCCAGCGCAACUCUCUGAGCUGGAGAAGGACGUCCAGGCUGCCUCGGCUGGCCCAGGGGCAAGUGCAGCUGCCAGCUGGGCUGGGUGGGCCGUGACGGGGGUCUCGUCGCUCACCUCAAAGCUGAUCCGGACAAAUCCUGGGGCACUGCAAGCUGCAGAACAGGCGCCUGAGGGGGCCCCAGCCAGCCCGACCCCAGAGCCUGCCAAAUCAGACAGUUGCUCAGCGGAGCCACUCAGUAUGAACACAGCAGACAGCGUGGUCGGUGCCCUUUGUGCAAUAUGUGGAGACCGAGCAACUGGCAAGCAUUAUGGCGCCUCCAGUUGCGAUGGAUGCAAGGGAUUCUUCCGACGCAGCAUACGAAAGAAUCAUGUUUACACCUGCAGAUUUAGCCGGCAAUGUAUUGUUGAUAAGGACAAGAGAAAUCAAUGCAGAUACUGUCGUUUAAAAAAGUGUUUUCGUGCUGGGAUGAAGAAGGAAGCUGUACAAAAUGAACGGGACAGGAUAAGUACAAGGCGAAGCACAUCUGAUGGCAGCAACAUUCCUUCUAUUAACACAUUGUCCCAGGCUGAAGUCCUUUCUCGUCAGAUCUCUGUUUCAAGCCCCAGUGCUGAUACUGACAUCAACGUGAAGAAAAUUGCUAGUAUUAGCGAUGUAUGUGAAUCUAUGAAACAACAGCUCUUGGUUCUUGUAGAGUGGGCAAAAUAUAUUCCAGCUUUCUGCGAACUACGGCUGGAUGAUCAGGUUGCCCUGUUACGAGCGCAUGCUGGAGAACACCUUUUGCUUGGAGCAGCAAAACGCUCUAUGCUUUACAAGGACAUUAUUCUUUUAGGUAACGAUUUUGUAAUCCAUCGCAACAGUUCUGAAAUUGAGAUCAGCCAAGUAGCAAACCGGAUACUGGAGGAGAUAAUACGACCAUUUCAAGAAAUUCAGAUUGAUGACAAUGAAUACGCUUGUCUAAAAGCAAUAGUCUUCUUUGAUCCAGAUGCAAAAGGGCUGAGUAACCCAAUGAAGAUCAGGAACAUGAGGUUUCAAGUUCAGAUCAGUCUGGAGGAUUACAUCAACGACCGGCAGUAUGACUCCAGGGGACGCUUUGGAGAACUCUUACUAUUGCUGCCUACCCUUCAGAGUAUCACCUGGCAAAUGAUUGAGCAAAUUCAAUUUGUAAAACUCUUUGGAAUGGUUAAAAUUGACAGCUUACUUCAGGAAAUGUUACUAGGAGGUUCAUCUAAUGAUGCUUCUAAUCUCCAUCCUCAUCCUCAUCUAGCCCAAGACCCGCUCACUGGGCAAACUGUGCUUAUAAGUUCAGUGACUGCUCCUGUACAUACAGAACAGAUUUCAACUCCUGAAACUCCACUACCUUCUCCACAAGGCUCUGGCCAAGAAUACAAGAUACCUACAAACCAAGUAACAGUUAUUUCACAGCAGUCUCUUCUAAAACAAAAGCCAUUGUGAUAUUGAUCAAUGCUUUUUCUUUUUUCCUUUUUUGUAGUACAAGCACUGCAUUAAACCAUUGUGACACUGGAAAACUCAGGACAGAUUAUGUAGAUCUGCUGUUAAGGAGACAUUUGGAGAAGGGUUUUUUACCACUUUUAGUAAUUUUUUUAAAGCUUGAAUUCAGAUAUAAUUUGUGGAUACUAAGAGGUGAAUGGGUGGGAAAGCUGUUCCUUGUUUGCAAUGCCUUUGAAUCAGUACCGAAGACGUUUAAUUUAUUGUCCCCUUGCGCAUGAAAAAGUCUUAUCACUAGCAGAAUGCAAAACCUGAUUUGAAUAGAACGGCAACCUGAAAUUUAGAAAUAAUGAAACAGCAAGCAGUUUUAACAGUUAAUCAAAGCAGGUGUCUCAUUUUCUUGAGAUACAAUGGAAGUUGAAAGCCAAAAUACUUCCUGCAAGCAUCUGUCUGACGUAUGUGUGAAUUAUAUAGUGAAAUCUUGUACAUGGUUACUCCAAAAUAAGGCACAUUAUAUUCAGCGGCCCUUACUCUCAGGCAAGCGUGCACUGCAUUGCAGCCUACAUGGAAGCAAGUCUCGUCAAUUUUGGUGGAACUCAUUUUAAGUUAGUGCAUAUUACUGUAGGAGUUGCUUCAAAAAUGCAUUGACUUCUGCUCUUAAAUAAGAGCCUUUUCUAAGGAUGUUCUGCUUUUAAUGUUGCACUGUGGUUUUGUAAAGCUAGUACUGGAAAAUUGGCCUAGAAUUUGUUUGAAUCAAGGAUGUUAGGAGGAAAAAUGGAGAAAUAUUUUCUUCCUUUACAUUUAUGUCUGAAGUGGAAAAUUAGAAAGGGGUUUUUUUUUAAAAAAUAAACAUCUUUUUUCUAAAAUAUUCUCUCUUUCAAAAUGAGUAAAACUCUUUUUAAAGCAGUGUCUUUAAAUAGCAUUGCUACAGCCAAUACACUGCUGCACAUUUCUUAGAUCCAAUGUUUGAAGUAAUAGUAGUGAUUAAAACAUUGGUAUUAUGUUUGACUUAUGUACUAAAUAAGCAGUGUUCCUAGACUUGAUGGUGGAAAAGUAUUUUCAAAUGUUGUUCAAUAAAGAAUAUCUUCAGAGAGGUGGUAGCCUAUCAAGCACAGCCUCUAACUCUUGAUUCUCAUUUCCAUCUUCUGCAUUGAGUGAAAUAAACUGAUGCAUGUUUGAAAAUACACACAUGCCCUCAGAUAAGCCAACGUGAAAGUGGUGAAAAGCUUGUUUCAGUUCAUACAAGGGCUGCAAAUGUUUAUGGUUUAUAUUGUCAUCUUCUAUCUUUUCCCAGUUUUCCCAGCUGGCAAAAACUAAGAAAGCCUUGGGUACCAUAAGCUUACAGUUCUAUGUCAUAAAAUGGAAAAUGACUGCCUUCAAGUCGGUUCCGACUUAUGGCUGCUCUAUGAAUAGGGUUUUCAUGGUAAGUGGUAUUAAGGGGGUUUACCAUUACCUCCCUCUGACGCUGAGAGGCAGUGAAGGAUUCGAAUCCUGGUCUCCCAGGUCUUGGUCCAACACCUGAACCACUACACCCCACUGGCUUUCUCUAUGUCAUAAGCUGGACAUUAAUAUUUGCAGUGACUGUUCUAACACCACUAAGCAUUCACAACUUAAAAUGCCAUGUACAUUAAAUGUCACUUAACAGUACAAUUUCAUGUGCUACGGCUAAGUUAUGCUAAGUUCUUAAAAGAGUAAAUGAAGUUUAGAUUUUAUAAGGGAGUACUAGAUAAAUUUUAAUUUUCCCCAAAAUGUCUGUCUUUUUUUCUGGGGGGAAAAAGCUGGGAAAAGUUCCUCCAUGUAACUUAAAAAUAUUCAUAGAUUUUUAUAUCUAUAGAUCCUUCUGAUGUUACCUGUGUAGUAUCAGUACUAUUUCAACUCAUGUUGUUCAGGUAACACCAGAACCUGUGGACUGCAUGCCAUGGUACUUUUCUUAUAUCCUCUUAUUCCUCUGAUUUCUUAUUCCUCCUGGAAAUAGGGUUGUGUCAUAACCCCCAUCCUGGGUUGCAGAUCCAGCCUUGAUGAGGAGGGGCCAGCCAGAACAGAAGGUCCAGCAGCAAAGGCCAUGCUAGACAUAAAAAGAACCUGCUGGAUCAGGCCAAUGGCCCAUCUAGUCCAGCAUCUUGUUCUCCAGAACAGGAUGCCUGUGGUAAGGCUGAAAGCAAGGCCUGAGCAUGGUAGCAUUUGCUCCAUUUGUGAUUCCCAGCAACUGGCAUUCAGAGCAUAGUGCCUUUGUCAGAGAAGGUAGAACAUAACAAUCGUGGCUAGUAGCUGUUGAUAGACUUAUCCUGAAUGAAUUUAUCUAAUCCAGACACAGAUCCCAACACUGGGCCUGAACCAGAGCCUAUCUGCUAAGAGACCCUUGCACAGAGAUUCCCAGAAACUGCUUCUCCACAGCAAAGCACAGAGAGGAAAUGGAGUGCUAGACUCAGAGGAUACUGGCCUUUAUGCUCACACAUGGCCUAAGCAUGGACAUCUAGAUUGAGUAGCAUAAAAGGUCUGAUUUGGACUUCAGAUCUAGUUGGAGCAGGUUGCUCGCCUGGAGCUCUCCAAGGUUCUGUAACGCUGCCCUGGCCUUGUCCUUUGGGCUUCCACUUCAUGACAAGAUAGGUUAGCGACAGGAUAAGUUAGUCAUGGAGCCAUGUUCUGGACAUUUUCUGUCUAGUCUAGGCAUUCUGAUGUUACCUGAGCAGUGCAGCAAGAAACUAGAGGAGCAAAGUUUUUGGUGCUUAGCACUGUACAUAAUUCUAAGAUGAAUGACUGAAUGAUUUCCCAGACUGCCAAAAUGUUCUCAAUUCAGAAAUGAAAAUAUUUGCCUUUUUGAAGCUCUGAAUAUUGUUAUCUAUUUUAUACAAUACUCUUCCUUGUUUAAUAAUAUAUUGUAAUUUAUUGAGAAUCUGAUUUAUUUUCUAAGUGUAAGACUAUUUUUGUAUGCCUAAUUGUACAAAAUCAAAAUGACUAGCUUUGUUAAAAUGUUAUAUUGUGCUGAGCUGUUUAAACCAUGAUGUAACGUAUGAAUGUCGGCUUGAGUAGCCAUGAAAUGGCUGCCACAAAUGUUUUCAGAUAGACUGUUUUUCAUCAAUGCCCAAUAAACAGAUAUUGAAAACA